AGUUCUUGUGAUCCGUUUUUAGAGGAAGGGGGUACGGCGAGACGUGUGAAACAUAUCUACAGCGGUUGGUUUUUCGGAACUUCAUGCCACUGGCAGCAUUUUCGUUGCAGACUUCUCACGCUUCGGACGUGUGCGUUGCUUGGUAGGUUGUUGCGCAGUCAUUAUUAUUCAGAAGAGAGACCAGCCAAAAAGCCGGCAACAACAAAAACAGCAACACGGUUAACCAACGGUCCAACAACAGCAGCAGAAGCAAGUGUGUGGGGGAUUCCUACGAGAGUCUGAAAAGCGAAGAGUUCGAAUAUCAGGAUUGUUUUUUUGUCCUUGCUCGGCCUACUAUUGUUCUGCUGGGCAAACACGAAAACUCGGCUUUUGUAAAGAAUAGUAACGGACCGAAACUACUUUAUAGGCAAGUGUGUAGUGAACCGUUAGAAAGUGGAUUUGUGUGCGGGAACUAUUGUUUUGCAGUUCUAUUAUUUUCCUCGGCAUAUUGUGUACGAAGUACCGUUUGGUGAUUUUGUGGACAAUUGUGCGGGCUUCUGAAGUUGUUCAGUGCGAGAAAAACUGCGCAAGAAAUCAGCUGUGUUGAAUCGAAAGACGAUUUUUUUUUUGGUUAAUGUGGAAGAGUUGUUAGAGAAGAAUUUAUAAAGCCGGUUUAUUUAGUAUCGAAGAAAAAAGUUGAAAGUGAAAGUAUUUUUUGGCGAAAAAGCGUCGUUUUUGGAAGAAUUUGUGUUAACUAGUUUUGGACAGAGCUGUACUGUUCGGUAGUCGGCAAAUUGGACUUUGUGGAACACACAAUGGACCUGUUGUGCACCGAGGAGAUAAGUAGUGUAGACAAUGAAUCGGUCAGAGGGCAGGCUAGUAUAAUAGACAGGUCGGCAGCAUUGCAAUUAUCGUCCCAGCAUAUGGAAGUGCGUCUUAAUACGGCGGUAAAGGAUCCCACAUUUCUGAGAGAUCGCUGUCUGGAGAAUUUACUGAAAGCGGAAGUACGGCUGGAUCAACGCUUGAGCGAUUUCCAUAAGGUGCAAAAAGAAAUCAGCAGCAAUGAGCGCCGGAUCGUCGUCGAAUGGAUCACGGAAGUAUGUGAGGAACAGAAAUGCCAGGAAGAGGUAGCUCUGCUCUGUUUCAACUAUAUGGAUCGCUUCCUCAGCCAGGUUGCGAUCAAGAAGACACAUUUGCAAAUCCUAGCCACUGCCUGCCUGCUGCUAGCGUCCAAACUGCGGGAGCCCAACUACAAAGCACUGCCGGUGGAGUUGCUAGUAUUUUACACCGACAACAGUAUCACCAAGAAAGACCUGAUCCAAUGGGAACUUCUAGUUCUGAAUCGGCUAAAAUGGGACGUCUCGAUGGUGACGCCGUUGGAUUUUCUCGAACUGCUGCUCUGCCGGCUACCAAUCGAGAACAAAAAGUAUCACGAUAUUACAACGGAGAAAGUGAGAAAGCACGCACAGGCCUUCAUCUCCCUGGCAGCUAGAGAACAUUACUUUUCCAAUUACACAGCCAGCACGGUGGCGGCCUCCAGUAUUGCGACCUCGCUGAGCGGACUCAAAUGGGACCUGCGCAGCGGCAAGUCAAUCACCUAUCUAGUGAACAGGUUUACCGACCUGACCGGAGUCGAACAGGAGUUCAUCUGUGAAUGCAUGGACAAAAUGGAGGCUCUGUUCCAGGAGCAGAUGCGCCGGUUGCCGGAAUCGCUCCACAUUGCAUCGGCGACGGCAACCUUCGUGUCUCAGCAGCAGCACCUGCAGCAGCCCUGCAUUAAUCCCAAAAACAGUUCCACCACACCGACAGAUGUGCAGGACAUCGAUUUCUAAUCAAUUGCAAGGUAGGGUACACGAAUUCUACGAAGUAAUUGGGCAGGAUGGAACCCUGACGGAUCACCCGUAACUGCAUCAAGUCAAACGCGGGCAGCAGCAGUAGCAAAACGCCACUCUAGCAAAGAGGAAUAAUGCUGAAACAUAAUUUUGGUGCUAUGUUACAUCCUGUAUUAAAUUUAAGUUACACUCGGAAUGUGACCUGCAGGCGGCGGGUCUGCGGCAGCAAGCGCAAGUUGGUUUGGGAGGAAGUGGUUAAUUCUGCUGCUGCUACUGCUACCAAAAUAUCUAUACAUUUACCUGCUGUACAAUGAAAAACACUAGAGAGAAAAAGAAUGGAAAAGAGAAGAGGCGACAGUUUCGAUUAAAGAAAGCUGUCGGAAAAAAGGUUCCUGUCGGCCUCCGCUUAGCGAGAGUGCAUAUACACGUAGGAUAAGCCGCCCAAGCGAAUUCCUUCGGCUGGACAAGACAACUAUUACAUUAUUGAUUAACAAAAAACCCAAAAUUACUUAUACCAAGCCCAGCUUGUAACUCGAUUUCACAAACAAAUCAGCUUAACUUUAUGUGACAAGAACUACAAUUACUCCGUAGACAAUUUGGUAGUUUAUAGGCAUUCAAAGAGGAGAAAAAUGAGAGAGAAGAGAGAGAGCGGAAAAGCUUUAUUAAUCAAAAGCGUCAAGUCGAAGUAAGACAAAUGUUGUAGCUAUAUAUAUAUACAC